GGGACUGGGGACCAGCAUGGCGGCGCUCUCACCCCUCCAGGGCCCCGGGGAGACCCUCUCACCCCCCCGGGGCCCCGGGAAUGUGCUCGUAACCGAACGGGAGCGACUCUGCCGUGAGAUCCUGGAGCUGGAGAAGAGCCUGGAGGCCACGAAACAGACCGGAGUGGCGAUAGGGGAUCUGGACUUUGAUGAAGAGGCUGAAGAGGAAGAUGAGGAAGUGGAACAUGCUUCUGGGGGAGAAGGUCCCAGCAGGGGUGUUGCCUCUCAGCCCCUGGACAGUGACACAGACGAGGAAGACAACCUCCCCGUAGGUCCCGAGACGUGUCUGCAGUUGAACCUGGUGUAUCAGGAGGUCAUCAUGGAAAAGCUGCAGGAGGUUGAGAAGCUUGUGGCCCAAAAUAAAGAGCAGCAGCUAGAAAUAAAAGGUGUACUUGGAGGACGUAAAGCAGAGAAGUCCACAGGUCCAUCUUCGUUAUAUUACCUAGGACACUUCAUGAAGCCAUACUUCAAGGAUAAAGUUAGUGGCCUUGGUCCACCUUCUAAUGCUGACACAAAGGAGAAGGCAAAACAAGGCAUCAAAUCCUUUGCAGAUUUCCUUACUGUCCUCUGGAAACCGAGAGAGGAAGAAAAACUCCUAAGAUCCAUUGUAAAUGACUCGUUGCAGCAUUUGCUCCAGCCCAAGCUCUCCAGGCUGGAUUACGUGAACAAGAAGCUGGAGCUGGCCAAGGUGGAGUCUGCCAAGCAGAUGUUCAGAAAGCAGAUUAAAGAAGUCGAGCGGGAAAUGCACGAUAUCAACCAGUUAGGUGAGCAGCACUUGUUGGGGAACAGGUACGACGAGCACGACUGGAUGAAGAUCUCCAACAUUGAUUUCGAUGGGACCCGCAAAGCGGAGGAUAUCCGAUGCUACUGGCAAAAUCACCAGCACCCCAUUGUCAACAAGAGUAAGUGGAGCAGCGAGGAGGUGCAGAAGCUGGAGGAGAUUGCACAGCAGCAUAACUACCUGGACUGGGAGACUAUUGCUAAGGAGCUGAAGACCCAGCGCACAGCCUACAUGUGCCUGCAGAAGUAUCAGGAGUCCAACAAAGAGCUGAGGAAGAGAAAGUGGACAGAAGAGGAGGAUCAGAUGCUGAGGGAUCUGGUUGAAAGGAUGAGAGUGGGAAACUUUAUCCCUUACACCAAGAUGGCAUAUUUCAUGGAGGGAAGAAACGCCAGCCAGCUCCAUCAACGGUGGACAAAGAAGCUGGAUCCAGAACUGACCCACGGUGCCUGGUCACCCUGGGAGGAUGACCUACUUCUGAAGGCGGUGGAAAAGUACGGAUGUCAAGAUUGGUACAAGAUCCGAGAUGAGGUUCCAGGCAGGAACGACGUGCAGUGCCGAGACAGGUAUAUCCAUGGUUUAAACGACAAAAUGAAGAAAGGAAAAUGGGAUGCUGAGGAGGUACAGAAGCUUGGACAACUCCUAGAGAAACACGGAGUGGGGCAAUGGUCCAAAAUAGCAGCCGAUUUGUCCCUCAGGAGCGCAUCCCAGUGUAAUAACAAAUGGAGAUGGUUAGUGGGUAUUAAGACAAACCGCUUUCCGCGAAAACCGAAAAAGAAAAAGACUUCAGCGACAAGACCGAGGCCCGCGAAGGUCCGGGCUAUGGAGAGCAGCUCUGAGUCCGAGGUCUCAUCCGGUAACAUUUCGUUGCACGACAGCGAGGAGGAGAAUGUCAAGCCAAAGGCACAGAAAAGACGAGAUACAAGCGAGAAGAACAAGAGGCCAAAGGGACAGAAUAAAGGAGUUGUAAGUGAGGAGGAGGAGGAUGAGGAUGUGAGGCUGCAGGAACUAAACAAAGGGAUGAAGGAGGAAAAUGUCCAACCCCACGGACAGAAAAGGAGUGGGAGCGGCAGCGAGUUCAAAGUACUGGACAUUGACUUGUGGAUGCCCAUUACUGAGGAUGAGGGGGCGGACAAUCGAGCCAAAUCUGGAGUGAAAAAGCAAAUGGCAAAAGAGUUUGGAAGAUCGAAUCCCAGUCCAACGGGGAGAGCAACGCCUCCAGUCAGCACUGACCCUGGUGCCAACGUGCCUCCCGAAGAGCUUCACCAGAAGCAGACUGGGACAGGAGGACAGGAUCCGGCUGGGUCCUCAACAGCAGAGCCGGCUGUGACAGAGGGCUGUCCAGCACAGGCAGACGAGUGUCCCGCAGAGAGAGCCAGAAAGAAGCCGGGGCGAGGCACUCUCCGGGCCAUAGAGUUGGAGAGAAACUUGAACCAAAACCUUGUAAAGGCUGUUGUCCCCUGGCUGGGAAGGAGCCAGCUGCUCUGUGGCAAUCAAUCAAAAGCUCAACUUCUGCGGCAAAGGCUGGAGGCGGGUGGGAUAAAGACCACCCCUGUGUUUGCACUAUUGCUGUUGGUAUUUCGUAUUGACCAAGUGGGCUGCAAGAAGAUGAUCGAAGAGAGGUCAGCGAGACUGCACGAAGCAGAGAAGGAGAGAGCCACGGAGAAGAGGAAAUUCUUGGAGAACGCACAAGCCGAGGAGAAAGGGAAGGAGAAAGCCAAGGAAAGCAGGGCUCAGCUCUCCUCGCCCAUCACUAAGAAAAACAUUAACCUUGGAAACGGUAAACACAUGGAAAUCAACAAGUUUCCCGUCAAUCCGACUGUGCCAAAAGAGAGACUGAAGACGGUCAUGGAGUUGCUGUACGAAAAGCGGAAGGAAUCUAGAGCUAAGGCCAGAGCUCGGGAGAGAGAGAUUGCCAACCUCCAGUGCCCACUGGUGAUCAUGCCCCAGCAGCCUCCCCUCGUGCAAACGGUGGUGUUGCCCCAGCAAGGGGUGCUGGGGGCCAGUGUACCCUCCGCACACUCACAGCCCCUCUUGAAUUUGUUGAUUGAAAACAGGGACUCACAACGAGUCACCUCCGCACGUCAAACCGAGGGCCAGCAGCUGGCGCAGGGAGCCAUGUCCGCCCCAACAGUGCAGGGCACCAGCCAACUCCCAGCACCACCGACCCAGCUGGUGAAUCCUGAGCCUCAAAUCAUACGUCACGGUGCCACCCCAGGGCAGCCUUGGCACCUCAACCCCUGCCCAACUGAAAACAGCCCGACCGUGUACUCGAAGCUCCAGGUCCCAGCUCCGAACGUGCAGCAGCCACAGCCCCAGGCGAGUAGGCCGCCCGCUCCACUUCCACCCCAAACCCAAAUGAACCAGUUCUCCCUGGUGCUCACUCCCCAGGGGCUGGUCCUCAUACCCGUCAAGCCAGUGACGCGGGUCACCACAGAUGGUAUCUCCACACCAGCCGGCCCGGGGCCUCCCCUCUCUCAUCUGGGAGGAGCUGCAAUGCUUCAUUCCGUGACUCCUUCACUCACAGCGGCGCCGUUGCCCCCCACGAAUGUAUUAGACAACAGCGCAGGCACAGCUGCCAGCAACAAGGCUGACCAGAGGCUUCGGGCAGGAGUCCGAGGUGCACAGGAGGACACAGAGCCUGGGACAGUGCCCUCCACCAGCAGACAAGCCCAGCCCGUAAACACUAGCGUGUCAGCAGUCAGUACUUGUGCCCCAGCGGGUAAUGCCAUGCAGUUGGCCACGGGUAACAUAAUGGUGGCGGGGCCAGACGUCAGCCCCACAAACCCUUCGCUCUCACAACCCUCCUCCACUCAGCAUCCUCCUGCUGCUCAGCCCGCAGUGCCACCGAGCCUGGACUCCGAUGGCGGGGCCAGGCAGCCGGAGCAACGUCCACACGGGCAGGAAGUGUGCAAGACAGUGGGGGGUCUGAUCACCUGCCCUGAUCAGCCAGAGGGAAGCAGCAGCCGGCCGGCAGGCAAACAGCCACCCGCGGGAGAAGCCCCUGUCCAGUUCAGCCUCUUGUUCCACAACGAGACAGAAGCUCGAUGUCGAAACUGGCUCCGAGGACGGAGCGGUGUUCCUUUAGCCGGAGUGUCCAUCAAGCUGCCUUAUCUCCCGCCAUUUGUCGGCAACAUGAAGGCUCUGGCCAACCUCCUGUUGCAGAAGAAGAACUUGGAGCAAAACGUCUCAGGCUUUUGGCCUUCGGAGCAGACUGAGGUGACGGGCUCUCAAGGGAGGGUGGAGAUGAUGAGGGGACUCGUGCAGGAAACACUUCGAAGCAACCCAGGGUACCACCUUCUGAAAGCCAGGUUCCUCUCUGCUUUUACAUUCCCUGCCUUCCUGGCUUCUCUGCCUGCCUACCAAGGCCCCAGCUCUAAGAGCCGCUUAUUGGAAACAAAGACCACGGAUGAGAGAGGAGAGGGCAAGGACGAGAAUUUUAUGGACUCGGCUGUAGAGCAAGAUACAGAGGAGACCAGGAGCAUAGCACCCGCACCCUCACUUUCAACCACAGAGCAACCUCAGGAAGCUGCUAUUGAAAGCCGAGACCCAGAGAUUUGCCAGGAUUCCGAGAACGACCAAGAUACUGAACUGACCCAAGGUAUUGGGCACCGCCUGCGCCUGCGGAGACGCAACAGGAAACAAACAGGACGCAGUGUGACCCAGUGCUGAGCUCCCAAGUCCUUUCUCCCUGCUUUCAGUGGGAACGUCUGAAGACCCUUCAUCCUGCUCAAUCCAGCAGUCUGGGCUCAGUGAUUUGCAGUCAGGAUUCGCGGGAGAGAAGAAUGAAGACUUCUUCCAACUUUUAUGUUUUAACAUUUGAACGGAACCCAUCGAACUGCCCAGUAUCCCUGCGUCUCAUACCCUGCUGUCUUCUGCCCUUAUUUUCAGGGCUUUUGCGAAGCUGAAAGUGAGGGGAUCAUGUUGAAAUGUUCUUCGCCUGGUUUAUCGUUAGCACCGGUUACAUUAAGAUAUAACGUAUUUUUUUUAAAUAAAACAUUUUUGGCGGUA